GUGGUUCUCGGACUUCCUACCUUGAGGAUUGAUAUAAUAAGUUUCUGGCCAAAGUCAUCAAACCGAUUACGUCGCUGUGCAAGGGUCAGUACUCGGGAGGUGUUGUUGAACCGGAGAUGUGGGUACACUCUUCACUGGGCCAGGUGACGCGGUCGUGCCGCGGUGUACGAAUAAAUUUUCGCCCAUUGUUGUCUCGAUUUCCCUAGCAAACAAACAUGCAGACAGACAAUCCAAAAUCGGACAUCAUGGCGGCACUGCAGAAAAUCCUACGUUCACAAGCAACAGUGCCAAACCUUGAAACACCUUACUCCCAAGCCACUUUCCUCAAUCCUAAUCACUGUGCGAUCGAGCUCAAAGAACAGAGCCUCAACGCCAUCAUCACCGAACGGCAGCAGGAGUUGGAUACCGUUUUGCACGAAAUCUCAGACCUGCAAACGCUUAUGGAUAGACUCGUCGAAAAGAAGGUCAAGAUCGUCGAGUCCAUUAAUUUGCACAAGAGACUCAGAUCGGCUCUGUGGCGCUUGCCAGCUGAAGUCCUCUCCCAUAUUUUCGUUAACUGUCUCCCGGAAGACAAGUAUCUGUUGCCCGCGUUAAAUCUGGCUCCCAUUCUGUUGACCAGAAUAUGCCGACGAUGGAGGGAGGUUGCUGUGGGCACACCCAGUUUAUGGUGCAGGCUGCGGUUGGAAGUCGAGAGCGGUGAUUGGCAGAAGAGAGCUUUCUGUUAUGAAUCAUGGCUCAAGCGAACUAUAGAGUGUCCGCUCUCACUGGCACUACGAUGCGACGAUGACUGGACCCGAGUACAAAGGCUUGUUCAACCUUACACUGCUCAAAUAUCGUCGCUCUCUAUCGAUUUUUGGGAGCGUGAUACACCUGGCGUUAGGGUGCUCGCAGGCUGCCAAGCCCUUGAGGAGCUGUCCGUGAUCAUCACUGAUGAAGUGUUCUGUGGCGCUCUGCUAGCUAGUAUUGGACGCGCUAUCUCGCAGCUGCCGUCCACUCUGUGCAAUCUCAGUGUAACAGGGUGGGAACUUGACCCUAGGGUCAUAUCCACUUUCAAUCCUGUAUGGGCGCACCUGACAACAGUCGAGAUCCACGCACGGGGAUCAGUCUCUGCUCUCCACUUACUCCAGCUAGCUCCCAAUCUCUCCUCGUUGACAAUUCGCAUAGAAUCUCACGGCAUCCAAGCGGCGUUGGAGUCGUUCACACACACCAAACUUCAAUUCUUACACAUAACUUGUGUACAGUAUUCACGCACACCCCAAUUAUCUGGCCUGCUCGAUGCUCUAUCCCUCCCCACUCUACGCGUUCUUUAUAUUCGCAGCGCAGGAGGGUGGCCCCAUAAGGCGUUCAAGGCAUUCCUGACACGGUCAGAGUGUCGACUGGAGACCCUGCUCGUCGGCAGUGAAGGGACGACGGCAGACAAGCAGCGGGCGGAAUAUGUUACCCUUGUCCCUUCGAUCCAAUAUGUAGGGCCAUCACCCUGGUAAUGUCGGUGUUGAUACUUUGCACUAGUCGUCACAGAUUUCGCAAUGGAAUAAUCAGUCUACUCUGUACAUAUGUUAAGUUAUCAGCCAUAUAAAAGACUCAUCUUUUCGCGCC